GUCAGUUUUCACUGGAGCUGAUCAAAAAGUGUUUCCCUCGGCCUGCCUGUGCAGAAUCGUUGGCCGGCUGCUCUCUGUGUUGUUCCUCCACCAUGCGGCUUCAAUGAGAUCUCCGGCCGGCCAGCGGUGAGGAGGCAGGAGAAAAACCGGACCAGAAGCAAGGCAGACCUUCUUUCCACCUGGUCCUCCUUCUCUGCCAUAAGCUCCCCAGCCGACGUCCUUGGGUUCGCUCCCCUGGCAUGCGCUUCAGCUCUUGGAAUACUAUGUCCCAGUACUCCACCAAUUUCCUCCUGGUUCCCAUCCCAGAAUAUCCCAUCCUGGACUGCGCUCCCAACAAGGUCAUCAAGCUUGUCGUCUUGGGGGGGAGCGGGGUUGGCAAGACAGCCCUCGUCGUGCGCUUUCUCACCAAGAGAUUUAUUGGAGACUACGAAGCGAAUACUGGUGCACUAUAUUCAAGAAAAUUCACUAUUGAUGGAGAACAGGUGUCCUUGCAAGUUCAGGACACGCCUUUUGUUUCAUUGGAGGAUGACAACGACGCCAUUUGCUGCCAGGAGCAGAUAAACCGUUCCAUUUACUGGGCGGAUGGUUUUGUGUUUGUCUACUCCAUCACGGACUACCAGAGCUACCGGGUCAUCCGCCCUCUGCACCAGCAUAUCCGGAAGAUCCAUCCCAACGCCAACAUCCCACUGGUCCUCAUGGCCAACAAAGGAGAUCUCUUGCGAGCCAGGCAGGUCUCCGCCAGAGAAGGCUGGCAGCUGGCCAAGGAGCUGGGCUGCGCAUACUCGGAAGUGUCCGCGCGGGAAAACGGCGAGGGUGUGCACGAGGCGUUCAAGCAGCUGUGUCAAGAGAUGAGCAGGAUGAUCGGGAGCUGCAAUGGGGAGAAACGGAGGGGCCUCCAUCUCAUCCGCCCCAAAUCUCCCAACAUGCAGGAUCUGAAAAGGAGACUCAAGCAAGCCUUGUCUUCAAAAGGGAAAGUGACACCCCCACUCUGAAUGAUCUUGUCCUGACAUCUUGAUGGGUGGGGCACGGGAAAAGAAACAACACUAUUUAUAUUUAUGACUAUUUAUGGCUUUUCUUAGCCAGCUUCCUUUGGGAUGAAAGACUUCCCUUUUGAAAAUGACACUGCAGGGGAGGGGAGGGCCACUCUCUCCUAUGAACAUUCACAGGAUGGGAACUCAGCUUCUUACUGUCAUGACAGACUGGUUGGUGUUCAUAGCAGCCGAUCAAACUGUGUUUCAGCCGUCAGACCUCCUCCUCUCCCAUGUCUCAGGAAGACAGUCCCCCUCCCUUAAUUUUUUUUCUCCCAUUACCAUGUGUAUGAUCCUUCAUUUACUUGAUUUUUUGCUGUUGAAAAAAAAAUUAAACACACACUAGCAAUUCAGGCUGAAGUUGGGAGAUGGUUGGCGGCACAGGCUCUAGCCAAUAGGCACUCCAUAGAGGUAGAUUUUCAGUUCAGUCACCCUGGAAAGCUGCCCAGUUAGUUUGCACAGACCAGCAUGGGUACCUCCUCCAAAACUACAGCUAGUUGGUUAUUAUCUUUUUGCCCUCCAAGUGCUUGCUUCAGAUGGCAUGAAUAAUGUAAUUUUUCUCCCUUCUAUUGCAUUGGUAUGUUUGAGAGAAGCCGUUCUAAUUUUAUCUUCGUCAGCAUUAAAGAAUGGAAUGAAUGACUCAUUCAGCACUAAGGUCUAAGCCUGUAAUGAACCAUGAAAUGUGAUGGUCACCAUUCAAGACAGAGUCGAGCUCACUUAAAUCCUCUGAAACUCUAGAGUUAAGCGGCUGCUUGCCUCCGUAUUGGAUUAUAACUAUUUUGUGUCUCUUUAAUGCCAUGCUGCAGAACUGUUCUUUGAUGACAACUCCCAAAUCAAUGUAGAAGGAAGGCCACAAUCCUCUAAGCACCUUCAGGGAAGACAUCAGGAAUGUUUUAGUUCCAGAAAUAUCACUGUGGCAGAUGAUAUUAUCGGUUCUACAAUGGCAUAGCAGGAUUUCAGCUGAUCAAAGGCAGCUCCCUCCAUUCCUGUUUCUGUUAGGAUUUCUACACAUGGGCUCCUUCAGAGACACUUAUAUUUCCACCACGGUCGGUCCCCACCCUUCCGUCUUCACCUUCUCGGCUGCCAGCUGGCCUCGUUCUGAACCUUUGAAACGGCCAACCUUCCCCCUCCCUUUCUGCGCAAAGGUUUGAGCGACAACAUCCUUGGUUCAUAUGUUCUUUUCUAUUGUCUUCUAGAUACGGUAUGUACUGGCCCGCCUCCCAAGGCCGGUGGGAGUCCUUCGGGGGGUUUGUAUCUUCCUUGGUCAAUGAACAAAGGGAAUUCGAAAUUUGAACAGCACAAAGCCUCCAACGUUGGCCACGUGUCACGAUUCCAAGGGAAAUGUAAUUGCUCCCACAUUUAUGACUGGGUUGCUUGGUUUUGGUUCAAGCUACGCCUCAUUGUUUCCUGCUUUCUGUGGCCGCACUCCCGUCGCCAGCUCAGUUAUGUGUAAAGAAGCUGGUGUGCCCUCGUCAGAGAACGUAAAUUCACACAGGGAAGGAAUUUCCAAACGGUGUCACCCAGCAGGAUGCAAUGGGCCGCGAGUCCCAAGGAGAAGAUUCAAGCAUGAUUUCAGCAGUUGUGCCAAAGACCCAAUGCACAGAGGAGGCUGUGCCAUGUGUCUCUGCUUCAUUCACUUGAUACUUCUUUCUCACCCGUUUCCACCAGGACUGGGUGAGCCUCUGG